AUGGACAAGGCUUCGAUAUUAGCGGAUACAAUCAAAUACCUCAAAGAGCUUAAAGAGCGUUUGGCAGUUUUAGAAGAGCCGGGGGAGAAAACAAAUGCAGAUCAGUCCAUGGUGGUUACGACUAAACCUGACGUCUGCAGCAACGAGCAUUACUCAUCAUCUCAUGAGAACACUGAAACUGAAAGUGCGGCUGAUGGUAUUGCCACUGGUCAAUCACUCUUCAAGGUGGAAGCAAAAGUGAAAGGGAAAGAUAUGUUGAUUCGGAUCCACUGCCAAAAGCAUUGUUGCAUAUCCAACAAGCAUGAUGGACUUCUUGUUAAAAUCAUCACUGAGAUUCAAAGUUAUCAACUAUUUGUUGUCAAUAACAUUGUUUUAGGCUUUGGAGAUUCUAUCCUUGACAUUACCAUCAUUGCUGAGAUUGGUGAAGGGUACAACUUGAGCAUAAAGGGACUUGUGAAGAACCUAAGCAUUGCAGCAUUGGAGUUUAUGUCAUCUUAA